GCAGCAGCGUGGUGAGUGAGAGUGAGAAGAAGCAUGUGACCCCUCUUAAACACUUCGCCGAGAAGUCACGCACCAAAGACCACCAACACACACCAAAGAACGAACCACUCUUCCUCCCCUCCCCUUCCCUUGCUUGCUCCUUCCCAUCUUCGUCUCCUCGCUCGCUCGCACGCUCCUCCUCCUCCUCCUCCAGCGUCCGGGAAUCGGGAGAGAGGGAGAGAGCGGGGUGCGUGCGGCGGCCAUGGCGUCCAGCGCCUCCCGGUUCAUCAAGUGCGUCACGGUGGGCGACGGCGCCGUGGGCAAGACCUGCAUGCUCAUCUGCUACACCAGCAACAAGUUCCCCACUGACUACAUACCAACGGUGUUCGACAAUUUCAGCGCAAACGUAGUUGUGGACAGCACAACGGUGAAUCUGGGCCUUUGGGAUACUGCUGGGCAAGAGGAUUACAACCGACUGAGGCCUCUAAGCUAUCGUGGUGCUGAUGUUUUCGUGCUUGCCUUCUCUCUUGUGAGCCGAGCUAGCUAUGAAAAUAUUAUGAAGAAGUGGAUACCGGAGCUACAGCAUUAUGCGCCUGGCGUGCCGAUCGUGUUGGUUGGCACAAAAUUGGAUCUCCGUGAAGACAAGCACUACUUGUUGGACCACCCUGGCCUGAUACCUGUUACCACAGCACAGGGUGAAGAACUUCGAAAACAAAUAGGUGCUGCAUAUUACAUUGAGUGCAGCUCAAAGACACAACAGAAUGUUAAAGCUGUGUUUGAUGCUGCUAUCAAGGUAGUAAUCCAGCCUCCAACUAAGCAAAGAGAAAAGAAGAAAAAGAAAGCACGACGAGGGUGCUCUAUGACGAACGUGUUCUGCGUAAGGAAAAUGUCAUGCUUCAAAUCCUGAUUGAUUGAAGACUGAAGAGGUCCCUUACAUGAUGGAAUAUUGCAAUGUUCUGGGUGCAACCUCAAGCUGGAAACCUUUGGGAUCUGAAUGUGCUGUUAGCACAGUUCUUGUGUAUAUUUGCAUCUUUUGGUAAUUAAUUACUAGAGUUAGAUGCUUUAAACCAGUCUUGCUUAUGUACUGCACAAUGUUCGUAUCAUUAGCUCUUGUUGGUUUAGAAAGUCUGAUAGAGGCCAAAGGAACAAAGGAGACCGUGAUCACUGAUCAGGGCAAAAUCUGUGAUUUUGUAAUCGAUCUGAAGUCUCAGUAUCGUCAUUAGACUAUUUUAUGAUUC